AAGACAAGGAGCGCCGAGGUAGUGAAGCAGCAUGCACAGGGUUUCUACAACUCAAUGUAUAUGAGCACCCUAGCCCAGCGCUGGAGACUCGUCUGCGCUGUGUAACAGAGAGAGCACCUUAUAUUCGCUACUCUGUCCCCACUUCAAGAUUCAGGGUGGCUUUCCCCCCCCCUCGCUCUCUCUCUUCCCCCCCUCUUUCUUUAUCUCUUACUUCUUCCCUUCUGCCGACUGCUGUGUUUGAAAAGGGUCGCAUGCAUGACAGUCCGAAAAGGAGAGAAAAUGGCCAUAAGCAUUCAGGAGCAUAUGGCUAUCGACGUCUGCCCGGGUCCCAUCAAACCUAUUAAACAAAUCUCUGAUUACUUCCCUCGUUUUCCUCGUGGCCUUCCCUCGGCCGUGAACCGCAACAACUCUAUGCAUUCCACCGUCAGCCAGCCCCCAGUCACCCAGUCCGAGGCUAGGAAGGAGGAUGAUGAUGUGGACAAAUUGUUUGGUGCUUAUGGAACCGCAUCAGCAGCACCUGCCAAAGCUGAGGAGGAAAUUGACAUCGACGGCUAUGAAUCCGAUGACUCCACCUCCCUGGGUACAUUAGAUUUCAGUUUGCUGUACGAUCAAGAAAACAAUGCCCUCCAUUGCUCAAUAAAUAAAGCCAAGGGCCUGAAGUCAAUGGACCACAACGGGCUUGCCGAUCCAUAUGUCAAAUUGCAUUUGCUCCCAGGCGCCAGUAAGGCGAACAAACUGAGGACAAAGACUUUGCGCAAUACUUUGAAUCCGGUCUGGAACGAGACUCUCACUUACUAUGGAAUCACUGAUGAGGACAUGGUACGAAAGACAUUAAGAGUUUCAGUUUGUGAUGAAGAUAAAUUCCGUCAUAACGAGUUUAUUGGCGAGACCAGAAUUCCGCUGAAAAAGCUAAAGCCAAAUCAAACGAAGAAUUUCAACAUAUGCCUGGAGAAGCAACUGCCAAUAGAUAAAACAGAAGACAAGUCACUGGAGGAGCGUGGCCGCAUUCUCAUUUCUUUGAAGUACAGCUCUCCGAAGUCUGGGCUUGUUGUCGGCAUAGCGCGAUGUGCACAUUUAGCAGCGAUGGAUGCAAAUGGCUACUCAGACCCUUAUGUGAAAAUAUAUUUGAAGCCAGACGCUGACAAGAAAUCAAAGCAUAAGACAGCUGUCAAAAAGAAAACCCUUAAUCCAGAAUUUAAUGAGGAAUUUUUCUACGAGAUCAAGCAAGCGGAUUUGUCUAAGAAAACUCUGGAAGUAACUGUUUGGGAUUACGACAUUGGAAAAUCAAAUGAUUUCAUCGGUGGGGUGACACUUGGAAUCAAUGCAAAAGGCGAACGUUUAAAGCAUUGGUUUGACUGUUUGAAGAGCAAGGACAAGAAAAUAGAACGCUGGCACACGUUGACUAACGAACUCCCGGGGUCUAUCCUCAGUGAUUGAUGCCAGCUGCCCGGUGGUGAUCUUGCCCCUGCAUCAUGGCAUAGGACAAGUGAGGUUCUGUCUGAGAGUGAGUGAGUGCCACAGAAAGGUCGGGCCUUUUGCACUUUUCUUUUCAGAAACAAGUCUCUCUAGGCCUCUUCACAGAUACCUAACUUUGCCUGGUAAUCUUGUGGCUUACAUAUUGGCUUACGUACAUGUUUACAUGCAUUUGUGUAUCUGAGCACUUGCGAUAAAUUUCAGAGGAGUCCCUUUGGAUAAUUUUUUUAUAAUUAAUUUAGCACCAGGAAUUAUCCGCUUUUGAUGGCUGAUACGUUUAGCGACCCAGACCAAGCAAAUUAUUUUUAUGUUUUUGAAGUAUUUAAAUUUUAUUAGGGCAAGCGAAACAUGUCUGGAGUACUUAAAUAUAGAUUUCCUCUCUACUACAGACAGACGAACCAGUUCGAGAAAAAGUUGCACAAAGGAACUGAUCUUGUCUUAAACCUAGUCAUAUUUUGGAGUAAUAUAGUACUUUUGAUACAGUGCAGGAGAAUGGUGGCCUUGAUAGUGACCAAUUCUCCAUAAGUUUCAAUUAAAGUAGUGAAAGUACACAUAGCUUUUCAUUAUCCAGAAGAACAUUCACAAGACCAAAACCGAGCUUUAAGAAUGGCGUACGUAAAAUAAAUGUAACACGAUUCUCAUGUCAAUUGUCUUCUUUCCAUCAAUGGAAUUGGAAAACGCAUGGUGUAUGGAUGUCACCCUUCGGCAGUGGAGGCAUAGGUUUAAAUGGAGCACAGGAGGUGAAUUAUUAAUUGUGGUCCUAACGAAGCGUUUCACUAUUCAGAUGCCAUCUCAAUAAAUCUCGCAUUCCGGUAGGAAUCAAAGAAAUAAGGCAGUUCUCAGUUAACUGUGCUGCACUGCAAACCCGGAGUCAAAUGAGAAGAGAUGAGAAGUGUUACCAAAGUUGUUAACCAUCUGAAAAAUAACCAGGUUCCAUAUCUGUAGGACCUGGUAGAAGAUGUGGGGCUAACUAACUAUCCCAUUUGAAAAGGCAGUACAGAAAUGCAAAGGAAAUAAUCUCCUUCUAAAAUUUAGGAUAAUCUCCUAAUAAUCUCCUUCUAAAAUUAAAAUAAUUACCGAUCAAUACCAUACUCAAGCCAGGAGAACCUCUGAAGAAGUUCUCAACCCGAAACGUCACCUGUUCCUUUUCUCCAGAGAUGCCGACUGACCCGCUGAGUUACUCCAGCUUUUUGUGUCAAUCUUUGGUUUAAACCAGCAUCUGCAGUUCCUUCCUGCACGAACCUCCUCCAUAUUUGGUACAGAGCACAGAAUAUCUCGAACAGCUUAAAUUAACCAGUCCUCGUGUAUUUUUAUUAAAUAUUCGCUCGUGCAAUAUCGCUAAAGUUAUCCAACAGUACUUAUACAGUUACAUCCCCAUGAAGACUACCUGGAAAAGCUGACCCACCACAACAUCCCAAAAGCUGCUUUAAUCUCAAAAAGGCCCACACAAACUGUACCAUAUAUAUGGAAAUAGCAUUCAUAUUUUAUCUUUUCACAUCCUCAGGCCCUCUCGAAAAACACUUUGCAACAAACGACCUGCUUUUUGCGCAGACCCUUUGAAGACAUGGCAUUUCUUUUCAAAUUGAACCCUGGGGCAACCUCCAGAGAAUCUUCGCUUUUGAGACCUUAUUUCUGCUACUUUGGCCCUUGCUCCGUUCUACCUUCCAAAUCCAAACUAAUUUCCACCCAAGAUGUCACUAACAUUUAUAGAGAGAAAAUAAAAGUUACAGUUGAGACGUCAGCCCAAUCUUACAGGGAAGCAGUAAAUCUAGCAUCAGGCUCGACAUAUUAAUUUCUGAACUGACAUGUUUUAAAAACAUCACUCCCAAUAAUUCCAAAUAUUUGGACUUUUUUAAAAGUAUCUACUAAAUAAUAAAACUACGUUGAAUGUGCAGAACUCAGUUUGACAAUGAACUCUUGUACACUUUAUAUGAAUCUGAAUUUUGUAUGGAUUUCAAUUAAUGUGCAUGGAGCUUAUUUGGCUGCUAUUAUUGUAUUAACUUGCAAAGCAACAAGCAACAAACAUUCCAGUUUGAAACUAUAUUGUGGGUAUGAUAGCCAACAAGAUGUUUCGAGUAUUGCUAGCAAGAUUACACUCUGCAUGAAGUGUUAACUUCCUAAUGCCUUGAAGAUAUUUGGCAGUUAAUCAUUUAUUUUCUGUGAAUGAGCCUUGCACUACAUGUUAUUGUUAUAUAAUAAACAUUAUCUAUUUUAUUAUUUUGCAUGGUUUGUAACCAUCCAACCUUACUUCAAGAGGAAGGGAUAAAUGUUAUGCCAAAGGUCCUUUUUGACUGUCUUCUUACUGUCUACAUGGUUCCUAAACUGACCUCAGUUUUACAUCUCAAUUUACCCUUGUAUGGAACAAGUGAUCAUGUGAUUACAACAAUAAAUCUUCUCUCCGAAACUACUGCACAAUCUUAUUUAUAUGACCUGAAAGUGCUCAUCAUUUCUCAACAUUGAUAUUAUUUACAUUGUCUAAAUCAUAGAAAAUGCAGGUAAACUUGCUCUUUGCUUUCUAUAUUGACUAUGAUGGUAUAGGGCGAUAAGAUAACAGUAUUUUGAGCAGUGAUAAUUGCACUUUGUGUUGUCUGUGUUGCAACAUGCAUCCAGGAAGAAUGUAGUCCAGAGUGUAAAGCUCAACAAGUAACUUUAUAAAAGAUUAUCAAAACUGUCCCAUGAAUGGUUAAUAUAAACUGAAUGUGUAUUUCCAGAAUUUCUUGACAGAAAUGUUUCAUAUCAGAACACAAAACACAAUAAAAAGACCAAAGAGUA